AGAUGGAGUUUAUUGAGAGAAGGAGGGGCUAAGGCAGGCUCUUGGUUUAAUUGAAUAUGAGAAGGGCUGACUCUCUUAAAGACCGCUGCUUGUCUUAGUAUUCGGACGUGUUGAUUUUUCUGUUCUGGUCCUUUGGUCGCUGCUUACAAAAUAAUAUAACAAAGUAAAAUCGGUUUUGAAGUCGUCGGCAGUUCACAGAUAUCCCUGCAGUGUAAGAGUCGCGACAGCUGCAGUGAGUGAUCGACACAGGACUGGAGAGCUGUGAGUUUGAUCAGGGCCUGCAUUUCAGACAGUAACCGCACAUCCCAGGACCUGUCAUGGAUGACUUUGAACGCCGCAGAGAACUGAGGAGGCAAAAGCGCGAAGAAAUGAGGAUCGAGGCUGAAAGGCUGGCAUUUCAGAGGACUGAUGAAGAUGAUGAGGAAGCUGCCCGUGAGCGUCGGCGCCGAGCCCGUCAGGACCGCCUGCGCAACAAGGAGGAAGAGGAGGAGAUGAGCAGCGUGAGGUGUGACAAGGUGGAGAUCAACAAACAGAACAGUAUGGCAGAGGAAGAGCGGCAGAGUACUGCUGUGAGCCCCCCUCCCCCCCAAACCCAAGACGAGUCUGCUCUCCAGGAAAAGCUGGACAAGCGUGAGGAGCGGCGCCAGAAGAGACUGCAGGAGGCGCUAGAGAGGCAGAAAGAGUUCGACCCCACCAUCAGCCUCCCCAAGGCGAACCACCGUGAGGAGGAGGAGGAGGAGGAGGAAAGGAGGGGCCGGUACCAGCAAGAGGAGGAGAAAAACAAUCAGCUCAACGCCUGGAAGGACAAUGAGGAGGAAGAGAAGGCAGAGCCAGCCCAGGAGGAGGGGCCAGAGGAACCGCAAGAGGAGCCAGAGGUGAUAGUGGAGAAACCGAGACGAUCUUACAUGACUCCGGAGGACGUCAUUGAAGAGAAACCAAAACAGUUUUCCAGGAGAGAUGAGGAAGUGAUUGAGGAUAAACCAAAGAGGUCAUACGAGAGAGCGGAGGAAGUGAUCGAAGAAAAGCCUAGAUCUUACAAGGAAGAAGAGGUCCGGGUGGAGAGGAAGCGCAGGGAGUUUGAGGUGAUCAGCACCCCAGAGCCUAAGCAUCAGAACGGGGGAGACUUCCACGAAGACACCCCUGACAGGCAGAAGAAACCCGAGCGGAGCCUCAGCCGCGGUGGCCUGCGCUCGAACCCGGAUCCCAUGGACUCAGAGCAGGACUCGGACGCGGCGCGCCAGGAAGCGGAGCACAAGCUGGAGGAGCUGCGUCGGCGGCGGGACGAGACGGAGAGCGAGGAGUUCCACAGGAUGAGGCUGAAACAGCAGGAAGCAGAGCAGGAGCUGGAGGAGCUGAAGAGAAAGAGAGAGGAGAGGAGGAAGGUGCUGGAGGAGGAGGAGCAGCUCAAGAAGCAGGAAGAAUCCCACAAGAAAGCCAAGGAGGAGGAGGAGAAGAGGAGGAUGAAGGAGGAGAUUGAGAGAAGACGUGCAGAGGCAGCUGAGAAGAGACAGAAGAUCACCGAGGAGGUUUCCCCCGACGGGGAAGGCAAGAAGCCAUUCAAAUGUGUCAGCCCCCGGGGGUCUUUACUGAAGAUUGGCGAGAGGGCAGAGUUUUUGAACAUAUCAGUCCAGAAAAGCAGCAGCAGUGUUAAGAGUUCGCACCCAGCUCUGCAGGUCUCCAAGAUUGACAACAAGCUGGAGCUGUACACCUCCGCUGUGCAGACCAACAAAGAGAUCAAGCCCCACAAGCCGGGGGCGUCCGACCUUUCUGUGGUGGGGGAGGGCGUCCGUAACAUCAAGAGCAUGUGGGAGAAAGGGAACGUCUUCAGCUCCCCAGGGAGCCCUGGAGCCCCCAACAAGGAGACAGCUGGUCUGAAGGUCGGGGUGGCCAGUCGGAUUAACGAUUGGCUCAACAAGACUCCGGAGAGCAAAACGGCAGGAGGGAAGCCCGUGAGCCAGGCCCCUCUUUCCUUCCUGCUGUCUGCUGCAGAUUUGUCUCUUUCGUGCUGGACUGGGUCCCGAACAGAGCUGAUCACGGCCUGCUUCCCUCAAGGAUCUGAAGCCUGGAGAUGUAACCAAUAAGCGCAGCUUAUGGGAAAACAAAGCUUCCUCCCCAGAUAAAUCAAGCGCCCCCGCCAAGAUUUCUCUUAGCUAGUUGGCUUCAUCCCUGUCUCAUGAUGUGCGGAAGAGGUAAUGGCUGGAGGAAAGAAAAAAAUCAGACACCAACGGAAUGGGACACCGAACCUAAGACAUCGAGAGAUGUUUGAGGAGAAGGGAAGAAACAUACGUCAAAGUGCUCAACUCCUUUUUUUUCUAUUUAUAUUUUAAUACCAAAAAAAAAUUUGCAAUAGCCCAGGAAAAAAGAAAAAAAAAUAUUAGCACAAAACGGCCACAGUUUUAUAGUCAUGUUUAAAGUAUACAGCCUUUGCACAAGCCCUUUUUAAUUUCUUUAGAAAAAUAUGCUGUGAAAUUUGAAACGUUUAUAUAGAUAUCAAGUCAUUUUUUUAUUGUUUGUAUUUUAUUUCAUGUUGUGAACUGCAGAAAGGAAAGACAGCAAUCGUUAACGUGUGGCGCGCUUUUCCAUUUUUUAAAUCAAAAUGGGCCGUUUUUUUCACUGCGGUGUCAGACAGACAGGCAUUUGAAUGCUGAUCCGAUUCUCUAUUGAGCAGGGAGAUUGUUCCUCGUUCCUUUCUGCAGUUAGGAAUAGCUUUUAAUACAGCGAGUUUACCUUUCUAGCAAAGUAAAAUGCUGAUCGUGGUACUGAUUACAAUGGUAAAGAUUAUAAGACACAAGAGGCGAUUAGCGGUUUCAACACACAUGCACACAUUGCUUUGAGAGGGUUAGUUUAAACGGCACUUUUUAUUGGCAGUAGAAUGCUCCAUUGUAUGUUAGGACAUAUAUCUAGUAAUAAAUAUUUACACAAUAGUCUAUUUCACAGCUUGAUAUUUCAGAUGUCACGUUUUGCUGUAACAAAGACACAUACCUGAAGCUAUCAGUGGGGUGUGGGUGGGUGGGAUUAAGCAUUUUGAAUAAAAUAUUUUUUAUAUAUAUAUAAAAAUAAAAUAAAAGCAGCCCUAGUUUGUGCCGCAACUUUCAUGGCAUGCAUUAUGCGGUUAUACAUAGGAGCAGGCAAUGAUUAGAUUUAAACCCUGCUCUAAAAAAAGACUAGUCUGUUUAGCACAUUGCAAUUCUUGCAGCGUCUUAAUUCAAACUCUAACCUGUAACUGUGGCACACUCUAGCGGAGAAGUGGACAGUGCGCUAGAUACAGUUCAUUGCGAGAGGCACGUUUCUUGUCCUUUGCCUCUUUAAAUACAUGUGCAGGGAUACACUCACCACACCGAUGUCUGCGUCUACAUAUAACGCUAAAGCAGCACUACAAAACACAUUUCACAUCCUUGCUCAUUGUUACGUGUUGGGUUGGCUUUAUACAUGAGAAAACACUGCAGAAAUAAAUACAA